AUGCGUUUGCUUUCUAUACUUGGGAUAGCCAGUCUUUCCAUUUCGGGGGUCUCGGCGGCAUUGGCAAUUCAGGGAGAGCCAAAUGUCAAUGACACUCUUGUACUGCAGCAUCUUAAAGACCGCCAGAAGCUGAUCGCAUUGGAAAAGACACAUCGACAGGAUCAUAUCUUCCGACAGGGUCUCUCGGCAACUGCCAAGCGGGCUGAUGAGAUUGUCCAAGCAAUUCGACAGGAUGAGAUUGACCAUUACUGGCGAGUAGCUGGCACUCCGGACGGUACGACAGAGGAACGGUUCGCAGGGGAGGUGUUCCCUCUUGCCCGCCCGUAUAUCUCCAACACGACCCUUUGGAAGGUGAUCAAGCGUAUGCCCAAGGGUGCGCUUUUGCAUGCUCAUCUAUCGGCCAUGCUGCCGUUCGAAAAGAUCGUGGAGAUCAUCAUCCAGACCGAAGGAAUGGUGAUUUCGGCGUCGCAGCCUCUUGAUACCGAGGAAGCUCAGCAGAAUGCCACCAUCACCUUCGGGCAUAACAACGGCACUCUUGCGAGCAACCAGUCCAGGAUUGACACUGCUGAUUAUGUUCCUAACACUGAGAUCCCCGUCAAAACUGCCGCAACCAACUUUAACGGUGGUGAAGCAGGUUUCCUUGACUUUAUCAGAAGUAAGACAACCAUUGAGCCGGAGGACUCGAUCCGUCACGAGUUAGGUGUCGACGAGGUUUGGAGAAAGUUCCAGGCCUGCUUUGGUCCGGCCGAUACCAUGAUCCAGUAUGAACCUGUCGUUAGGAAGUUUUACCAGACACUCUUUGAGGAUCUGGCAAGCGACGGUAUUAACUGGGUGGAGAUCCGAAGCGGCGGAUCCAGUGGGAAGCUAGUCCACGAAGGGGAUGAAGACAUUGACCCCGACCUUGAUACGUGGUGGCAUCUUUUGGUUGAUGAGAUUAAGAAGUUCCAGGCCACCGAGAAGGGCAAGAAAUUCUUGGGUGCAAGAGUUAUUUGGUCAGAUGCGCGCAUAAAGAACCGCGCUGCAAUUACCAGGAGCAUGAAACUCGCUCUCCAGAGGAAGCAAAACUUCCCCGAGCUAUUCAGUGGCUACGACCUGGUUGCCCAAGAAGAUCUCGGUCGUCCUCUUUCUGAUCUGGCGCCGGAACUGGUGUGGUUCCGUCAACAGACCGAUGCCUUGAACCUCACCAUUCCUUAUUUCUUCCAUGCUGGAGAAACUCUGGGAGACGGCAACUCGACAGACUCAAACCUGUUCGAUGCAGUCCUAUUCAACACGCGACGAAUCGGUCACGGCUUCUCCUUAUAUAAGCACCCCAACUUGAUCCGUCAAGUAAUUGAGCAAAACGUUAUGAUCGAAGUAUGCCCCAUUUCGAACGAAGUCCUUCGUCUGAACGAGGAUGUUCUCCACCAUCCGUUGCCAGCAAUGAUUGCCCAUGGUAUUCCGACUGCCAUCAGCAACGAUGAUCCAGCCAUCCUUGGACAGGACGUGGCAGGUUUGAGUUAUGAUUUCUAUGAAACCAUCCAAGCCUUUGAUAAUGUUGGCCUCGCCGGAUUGGGUGCGCUGGCACAAAACAGUCUACGCUGGGCAAACUUCGAAGACCAGUCUGACAGUGAUUGGGUCCAAGAUAUUGACCGCGGCGAGGACGGAACUGGUACCAAGGCUAAGCACAUUCAAGCUUGGAACAAGGACUGGGAGGACUUCUGCAAGUGGAUUGUGGACGAAUACGGGUCCAAGUACUAA